CUCCGCGCUUUGUUUGGGUGGGUGUUGGAGCGUGCAGAAAUGAGAAAAGAUAGCGAAAUAGUGUGAAAAUUCGUAACUUAUCUCUCUAUUUGUCGUGUGGUGACUCUCUCCAUGUGAUAUCUCUUGCCCGCCGCGAAGAAGCUAGCCCUAGAAGUUGAGAAGUUGACCUGAGAAAGCAAUAUUGCAGAUGGCUGAUAAACUGUGUGACAUUAGUCCGGAGGUGCGCGAGGAGCUCAAGAAGUUCAGAUUCCGCAAAAGUACAACGAAUUCUGCGCUUAUUUUGAAAAUCGACAGGGAGAAGCAACUUGUCAUCUUAGAUGAGUUCCUAGAUGAUGUCUCUGUGGAGGACUUGCAAGAGCAGCUGCCGGGACAUCAGCCGCGCUACGUAAUCUACAGUUACCGGAUGGAGCACGAUGAUAAGAGGGUGUCUUUCCCGAUGUGCUUCAUCUUCUACACGCCUCGCGACAGCCAAAUGGAACUCCAAAUGCUCUAUGCUGGCACGAAAGUCGCCCUGCAGCGCGAAGCUGAUCUCACGCGCGUGUACGAAGUGCGAGAGUUGGAUGAUUUCACAGAUGAGUGGCUCAGGGAGAAGCUGAAGUAAUUGCCGAAGACCCCGAAGACAAAGAAACCAUAACAUUGCCAAAUUCCCCCUGAACUGGGGGCCUUUUCGCCCCGCGCCCCGUUUUGUCAAAGCCAGAAAAGUAUUCCCCAAUACAUUAAAUGCGUCAUUGAAUGAGAAAAU